AUGAGUGGAAAUGAGCUACAGGACCGCUACAACAGCCUGUCAGCGCAGCUGGCGGCGCAAAAUGACGCGCUGCAACGAAUGGCAGAGACGCAGCGGAAUAUCGAGCAGUCGUAUGCCCAGCAUGGGAAGACAGAGGGAACAGCCCUCAUGACGCGCAUGUCCACGUUCGAGCAGAAGGUCAACACGAUGGAAACGGAGAUGCGACAGCUGCGGGAGCAGAUGAACAACCUGCUUCAACUGUUUCAUCUCCAAGAGCGCGUGCUUGAGCAAGACCGCCAGAUGCGCGCGUUCAUUCAGCAGCAGGAGCGCCUGCUCCACCACUUUUCCCCUCCAGAACAUUCGCACAUGGUGACCCUCGGCCAGCUGCAAGACAACCAGCGUCGGCUCACCGACAGCCUGCAAGCGCUGCACAUGCGCCCGUCCGGGUCCAUGAUGCAAGCAGCGUCGCACCACAUGCCAUACACCGUUCCGCGCGUUGAGGGCGGCGAGUCCACAGCAGCAGACGGCCCCUCGUCGCUGGAGACGAUGGACCAGGACGCCCUGAACGGCGAAUGGCGCACGUUCGGAGACGAUAUUGCCGCGUACUUGAACGAGCCCGAGCUCACGGGCUGUGCCAUUGUGCCCCACGAGCCCUUCGACCCAGAGAAGGAUGCAAAGACGUUGCGGAAGGCGAUGCGCGGGCUCGGGUGCGACAAGAAGCGGCUGGUGCAGGUCAUUGUCAACCGAACACGCGAGCAGCGCAUGGAGAUUGCAAAGACGUUCCAAAUCAACUUCAACCGGGACCUGGUGAAGGACGUGAAGCGGGAGACGGGGGGGCAAUCUCGAGUAUGCGCUCUGAAAGCGGUGCGCGAUCAGCUGUCGCUGAUGGCGGAGCUUGCGUUUGAGGCAUGCAAAGGCCUGGGCACCAACGAAGACCUGCUCACGUUCAUCCUGACGUCGCGCUGCGAGUAUGAUUUGCUGGACAUUGCGGAGAAGUACCGCGAACUGUACAAGGAGGAUCUCUACGCCCGCGUUCGCAAGGAGACAUCAGGGUACUACCGGCUGCUGUUGUGCGAACUCUUUGGAGAGGUGCAGUUUGACCCGGAGAAGGAUGCGAAGCGGCUUAGGAAGGCCAUGCGUGGAUGGGGCACGAACGAGUCUGUGCUGAACAAGAUCAUCGGCGGGCGCACGAAUGCACAGCGUCAGACCAUCGCCACCACAUUCAAGGACCUCUACAACCGCGACCUCAGCAAGGACCUGAAGAGCGAGACGAGCGGCGACUACCGCUAUCUGCUGCUGGCGCUCAUGAUGGACCCGGUCGAGUUUGUUGCGUCGGAGGUGCAACGCGCUGUCAAGGGACUGGGCACCGACGACCGCAGCCUCAUUGAGAUUCUCUGCACGCGCACGGGCUUCCAGAUGCGCGGGCUGAAGGAGAAGUACCAGGAGAUGUACGGGCGCACGAUGGCCGAGGCCGUGCGUGAUGACACGUCGGGCGACUACCGCCGUCUCCUCCUCGCCCUCAUCGAAGGCGAACGCAACGACUCCGAGGCGCCGGAUGAUGAGACGGCGCGGACGGAGGCCUCGCGUCUGUAUCAGGCUGGUGAAGCGCGCAUGGGCACAGACGAGGCAACCUUCAUUGAGAUCUUCAGCACCCACUCCUUCCCCAUGCUCCGACGCAUCUUCGAGCACUACAGCAAGCUGUGCGAUUACGACAUUGAGAAGAGCAUCACGCGGGAGACGUCGCUCGACUUCAAGAAGGCGCUCCUCACCAUCGUGAAAGUUGUGCGGGAUCCUGAGGGGUUUAUGGCGACGGAGCUGUACAACACGAUGAAGGGCGCCGGCACACGCGACCGCAACCUCAUCCGCAUCAUCGUCAUGCAUGCUGAGGACGACCUGAAACACAUUGGCGAUGCUUUCUACGAGAAGCACAAGAUCACGCUCGAGAAAAUGAUCUCUGGCGACACGUCGGGCGACUACCGCCGUCUGCUCAUCCGUCUCCUUGACUUCUCCCGCAAGGUGUGCGUGCGCAACGACGCGCGACGCAAGCACGCCCUGGAGCAGCAGGAGCACCUUGGUGGCGGCGCACGCGUCACCAUCAACAUCUCCACGCGGCACCAGCACCACCGCCACCACGAGCGGCACCUCGUGCACCCGCCAUCCACGUCCGACAACGUGUUCACGCCACGGUACCCACCACAACAGCACGAGCAUCAACAUCAGCAGCAUCAGCAGCAUCAGCAGUAUCAGCAGCACCAGCAGUACCCACCGACAGAUGGUGGUGCCACUGUUGCGACGAUGUUGAGCUCUGUUGAUGGCGCGCGCUCCUCGCAUUCCUCGCGUGACAGCAGCCUGACACGCGGCCGGCACGAGCAGCCGUCCGCGACAACCACCACCGAUGGCAAAGGCAACACCGUCAUCACGCUGACCGUGGACACGCCCCAGCCAGAGGCAGAGGCCAUGUUCUGAGACCAUGAAGACGCAGAACUGUGUGUGUGUGUGUGUGUGUGUGUGUGUGUGUGUGUGUGUGUGUGCGUGGCAGUGGGUGCAAUCUCGCAUUUGGGGUGUUGUUUUGCCCGUCAUCAUCUGCUCUUGACAUCUUUGCUGCAAUGUCUUGCUUGCGCCCGUGCUUGUUUGGAGUGAUUGAGACGUGUUGUUCCCUACCCAUUUGUUCUUGUGUUUGUUGCUUGCUUCAGAUUGAGGCUCACCAUGCUUGUCGCGGGUGAUGUUUGCGGUGUUUGGGUUGCUCUGCCACGGUGGGAGGUGCGACUUUUUUCUCUUCUGCUUCGCGUCCUUCUUGUGAUGGUGCUCGUUUGCUUGCUUGUUUGUUGUUGCUUACACCAUCAGCAAAGUUUAAACCACAUCAACAAAGAUCAAUCGGCCAA